CAACAAUUCUUAAGAUCGACAGUGAUAUAGUUCAUCACAGUCUGAGGGUAUUUCUUUCUCGCCCUAUAUAUUCCUGCCUGUUUUCCAAGACUGAUCCUCAUCCACAUCAAACCUCCUCCAUACUAUCCGUACCUAUCCAAUCCUUCCUCGUACUACCGCCAAAAUGAUGUUCAAGUCCCUUCUCCUCGUUUCUGGCCUUGCCUCCAUGGCCACCGCCAGCGGCUUCUGUGAUGCCUCUGCCUCUCUGGGCCAGCAGUACGCUGACGCCUUGACCAACAUCCAAGCUGUCCAGGCCAAUGCCUCCACCCCCAACGCCGUCGACAAGGUCCUGUCCAAGUCUGCCUUGUCGUCCAGCCUCCUCCCCCGCGUCCAGGGUCUGGAGAACAACAUCAACGCCCUGAAGACCAACAGCGGUCUCCCUGGCAGUGCCAGCGGCCUGCUGAACAACAUCACUGCUUCGCUGAACAACUUCGGCUCGAGCAUCGACCAGACCGUCCCCGGCAUCGCAUCCAGCGCCAUUGCCGGUGCUGUGCCGUCUGGAACCCCCGCCCCUAUCGCCGGUUCCACCCCCGCCGCUCUCAAGCGUCUCUCCAACGCCGUCGCUGCCUCCAAGAGCCGCGUCGACGCCCUUCAGAGCAAGACCUGCUCGCAGACUCACAAGGCUAAGCGCGACGACCUCGAUGACUGGCUCCAGGGUCUGCUUGAUGAGAUCAACUCUCUUAUCAACGCGAUCGAGGAGGAAGUUGACAGCAUCAUCUCUUGGGUUGACAGCUAUGUUAAUGAGGUUAUUGGUGAAGUCACUGACUUGAUCCAGAACAUUGAGGAUGCUAUUGAGGAGGGGGUUAAUGGAUCUUCGUCCUCAAACUAGGUUUCUUGUUGAUGUGUUACGGUCCUUAUGAUGAGGCCUUGUUGGCUUGGCUUAGUUCUCUGCUCACAUAGUAUAUUUUAGUUGAUUUAAUUACAAGACUUGAUCUAUCAUAAGUAUACAUUAUUUUCUUUAUGUUUAUACUAGCC